AUGAGUUUUCAAUUGGCUUUUGCGAAAUCGAGUUUACAUUGCAGGUGGUUCUGUGGUGGACUAAGUAUGUAUAUGAUUGACCUCAACGGAGAAGAUAUGACGAAGAACUUUUGGCUAGGACAGUACAUGUCAGCGGCACUGGCAUCCAUCAUUCGAGUUGUCAGACGAAAUCACUUUGGCUCACACUCUAGGUGGUUCUGUGGUGGACUAAGUAUGUAUAUGAUUGACCUCAACGGAGAAGAUAUGACGAAGAACUUUUGGCUAGGACAGUACAUGUCAGCGGCACUGGCAUCCAUCAUUCGAGUUGUCAAAAAUAUCAAACUCAUCCCUAACAGAGCUGUGCUGCCCCAUGCACAGCAGAUAUUUGGCUUUGCGGACGCCUAUUUUCCCAGGCUUGGACGUCGUACUGUGUACAUAAUAUCUAUGUCUAUAUGUAUAUUUGCGUCCAUAGGACUUAUGGUUCAACUAUACGCAGGCGGAAAGGGAACCAUGCUCUAUUUUAUCACAUAUUUGACCGCCUACAAUUCAAUAUCACUGACAUGGGAACCAAAUUUUCUGGGAGCUGCUGAGUUGAUGCCGACGGAUGUACGUGCGAAAACGACGGCACUACUCAACAUCAUCUCCCGUCUUGCCAACGUACUGGCUUCUCAAAUGAUUUACUUCAAAACGAUAUAUGAACCCGCGAUAAUGAUUGUUCUCAUGAUAUCCAAUAUAUUGAGCUUUGUCGUUACAACAACAUGGUUAAAGGUAAGCCGCAUCAAAAUACGGUCGGCAGUUUAUCUGGAACUUCUAUUUUUCUUUAUGAGCUCGAUAAUGUUGGAGGGGACGCGAGUGUAG